AUGGAGGGUGUCAUAUGGCAUGGUUGUUUCGGGGAGUACUUGUGUCGGAUUGGUCGUGAGGCGACACCAAAAUGCCACCAUUGCGGAGGAGACCGGGACACCGCGCAGCAUACACUCGAAGAGUGCCCGGCCUGGGACCAGGAGCGCCAUCUACUGAUCAGCCACGUUGGAAGAGAUCUUUCUCCUGCAGCAGUGAUAGCAGCAAUGCUCGCGGAGGAUAGAGCGGCGAAGGCGGUAGUCUCCUUCUGCGAAACUGUACUAGUCAAGAAGGAGGCUGCUGAGCGAGAUCGAGAGCGAGCCAAUCCUGCUCGUAGAAGACAGCGCCCUACAGGUAAUCGGGAAUCAUAA